UAAGUGUCAGCUGACGCCUCACAUGACAGGGAAACAGAUACGACUAGCUAACAGUGGGGAAACUGCUACUGUUUAGUUAUAUUAAAGACUGUCCGCUGUUUACUGCCGUGCAUAAUUGGAUUAGACGUGAAGUCUUUGCUCGUCUGUCCCCACUGAUAAAUUCUAGACAUGGUUCAGCCACUCUUCAAGCUGUGAAGAAGAGCCGCUUCGGACAGUCGCCGGUAAGACAGUGCAGCGACGCGUCAUGACCGCUUAAUAAGCUCAUAUAGUUGAUUUAGACGAAGGGUUUGGUAAUGUUAAGUCAUUAUGUUUCCAGAGGCCGUCAUCGGCUUGUCUUAAUGAGGACAUGUUAUCAAGCUGCAUCGUGUAGCAUUGCUGGUCAAACAGUCACCUGACUGUCCUUCAGAUGUCACCAGACAGCCUGAGGGGCCUUUCUGUUCUGUGUUCACUGUUUGCAGACUAUAGUUGCCAAGAUGAGUCCAGAAAUAAAAAUGCUUCUGAACAUCUUCAUCUUGGGCAUUGGCUUCAUGUUGAUGUUCACCGCUUUUCAAACGUGCGGCAACAUAGAACAAACUGUGAUAAAGAGUUUCAAUAGUACAGAGUUCCAUGGCAGCGGCUAUACAAGCAUGGCUAUUAUCUAUGGAGUCUUUUCAGCUUCAAACUUAAUAGCUCCCUCAGUGGUGGCUGUCAUUGGGCCUCAGCUGUCGCUGUUUUUCAGCGGACUAGUUUACAGUGGAUACAUUGCCAUGUUCAUCCACCCUUUUACCUGGAGUUUCUACACCUUUUCUGUUUUGGUUGGGAUUGCAGCUGCAGUGUUGUGGACAGCCCAGGGGAACCUCCUCACCAUCAACUCUACUGAUUCUACGAUUGGUCGAAACAGUGGCAUAUUCUGGGCUCUGCUGCAGUUUAGCUUAUUCUCUGGCAAUCUUUACAUAUAUUUAGCCUGGUAUGACAAAGUUCACAUAUUAGACAAGGACCGCAAGACAGUGUUCAUCUCACUCACCGUCAUAAGUCUAGUCGGCAACUUCCUCUUCUUCCUCAUUCAGCGAGUCGAGCCAGAGGCUCUGCCCUUAGAGGCCUCUGAGUCACUACUGCCGGGAGACACUUCUGAGAGUGAUUCAGUGGGGGUAGUGCCACAAAGUCGAGGAACUCUGGCUUUGGAUGCAUUCAAGAAAGCCAUUCAGCUAGCUGUGACCAAAGAAAUGCUGUUGCUGAGCAUUUCCAUCGCAUACACAGGACUGGAACUGACAUUUUACAGUGGGGUGUAUGGGACAUGUAUAGGAGCCAUGACUCGCUUCGGGAAUAAUGCCAAGAGUCUCAUUGGUCUCUCUGGAAUUUUCAUUGGUGUUGGGGAAAUUCUUGGUGGAUCUUUGUUUGGCAUGCUGAACCAGUGCAGCCACUUUGGACGAAAUCCAGUAGUACUCUUGGGACUACUCACUCAUUUUCUGGCUUUCUUCCUGAUCUUCCUUAACAUUGCCCCUGAUGCACCAUUAGCCCCAGAGGAAGGAACCGAGUUGCAGGGGUUCAUCACUCCCAAUGUGGAAGUGGCAGUGCUGUGCAGUUUUCUGCUGGGUUUGGGCGACAGCUGUUUCAACACUCAGCUGCUCAGCAUCAUCGGCUUCUUGUACCGUGAUGACAGUGCUCCAGCUUUUGCUGUUUUCAAGUUUGUACAGUCCAUUACAGCAGCCGUGGCCUUCUUCUACAGUAACUAUCUUCUGCUGCACUGGCAGCUGCUCAUUAUGGUGCUUGUGGGCUUCGCUGGCACGCUGUCCUUCUUCAUGGCCGACUGGAUAGUGGUCUGCCGCCGACGGGACUCUGAUUACGACAGCAUCUGACGUCUGGAGUUAGCAGAAGUGUAGUAGUGCCAGAAGAUCGUGUCAGUGCACCCCCCUCUUCAGUCUUCAGUUUGUUUGUUUUUUUUUUUUCCAGCUGCUUCUUGAAACCUGAGCUAAGGGAGUUUCACCAAAUGAAUUGUAUGUUACUGGUUUGUUUUUGCCAGUUCAUCUCAGUUCUGAAGACACCUACUUAACUUGGCCUUUCAGUCUCGGGGAACACUUAAUUGUUUUAUCCUUUCUGCUUUCCGAGAGGCAUUCGGCUGAACCUGUUUUUUUUUUUUAAUAUAAAUGUAGCAAGCCAUUGCAAAUAGAUUCCUGUUGUUGUUGCUUCUAGAGCAACUGUCUCAGCAGAACAACAUGAGAAUGUGUGGCCUCUAGCAUUUGCUCAUCCAUUAGAAGGGAGAAAAUAUCAUAUAUUUACAUUUUCAUAAUAGAAUCCAGUCAUUAGAAAAUCAUUUGACAAUGACAUUACACACUAGUCACAAAAAAUGAUUAUAUUCUGUAAACAAUGCAUGAAAUUCUGCACUCUACUGCUGAAGAUUGGCUCACUUAGAUGAGUAAUGUGAGCACUGACAAAUUUACUUUUACAUGUACCAGCCACUGGCAACAGUACAAUUAUAUAAUGUAAAUAUACUAUAAAUAGCUGAAAAGUUACUUUUUAUUCUUAGGCUUAAUGUUUGAAAUCUAGAACAGUAAUAGUACUUUUUUUUUUUCUUUUUUUUUUUUUUAAAGGAAAAAAAACCUUUACAAAGAAUUAAGUUUCUUCAGCUGUGCUUGCUAAAGCACAUGGGGAUCCUGGUCUGGGAAAAAAAUGGAAGUGCUGAUACUAGUCAGAGAGAAAUGUAGUGGUCCAGUGGGCCCCCACUGUACAGUUCUUUAAUAAUAGAGAACCCUAUCUGGUGCUGUGGAAAACAAUUUUUAACAACGGUUCUUUAAAAAAACAUAUACAAAUUUUCCAAUCAUAAAGAAGAACCAUUUACUCGUGCAAGGAGCCAUGUGUGACCUCAGGUGGUUCUGAGUGUUGGUUUCCAUUCCGAAAUGCUGUAUAUCUAUAUCCAUUUGUAACAUCUGUUGGAUGUUAUGUCACUCAUAAAGGUGGUAUUAAUCAGAAUAUAGCACUGAUAUUAUAUGGGUAAAAACCGUAUAUACUGAAUGAAAAUCCUUGAAAUUGUCUUUACUAAAGGACCCUUGAAGUACUUUUUUUUUCCUGCAGGCUUCACCACCACCCCAAAUCUGACACCUCAUUCAGCUAAUCAAAGACUUUUUAAUCAUUAGAUGGACCCCGCAGAGUUGAUAAGGGCUGGACCCAAAAUCUGUAAAAUCAGAUCUCCAGAAGACCACUGUCUUUAUACAAUACAAUACAAUACAUUUCCAUCCAUCCAUUUUCUAAGCCGCUUCUCCCUCAGGGUCGCGGGGGGGUGCUGAAGCCUAUCCCAGCGGUCAUCGGGCGGAAGGCAGGAUACACCCUGGACAGGUCACCAGUCAGACAGUUUCUACAGUGUUGUCAAUCAACAGACACUCCCUUUUUAUUUUAUGUGUAAAUUUGACACCACUGAGUGACCUCUGAAUCAUUUUCUCAUUUUAUUGAACUGAAUACCUUCAUUUAGACUAUAUUUGCAUGACUGGGUGGGAGAUGUAUAAAAACAGGUUUAUGCUGUUACUCUUCUUGUUUCUUGGAAUGGACUGUAUGUAAUCAUCAGCUUUAAUUCAGGGCAAUCUAUCUAAAGGAUGUUGAGGGAGAUAUGGGUAAACUUAAGCUGUAUUUAUGAAUAUUUGAUUGUUUACUUGAAUUACAUACUUGGCCUACUAUAAAUGAACUCUGGAUGGAGUCAGGAGUUUCUGCUUGUCUUUUAUACAUAAGAUUAAACUUUAUUUUGAGACAUUA